GCGUCUUAUAGAUAUGGUUCCUUUAACUGGACAUAGUUCUGACGCCCGUCCGCAUUUUGUGCCCCUCUUACUAGGCGCAUACAUAUGGUGCACGCCGGUCGCAUAGCCUUUACUAAUUACGAUCGUGGCAACUUACGGUGUGUGGAGCCUGAGUAGCGCAGCUGCUUCUUUACGGAUUCGCCAUGUCAAGGCUAUUUCGCAGCUAUCAUAUCUCUGAGUCCGACAAGGAUAACAGCCCGAAGGUAAAACCGGCGCCACUGCGGCCCGACGAACAGCUGAAGCGUGGCGCGAGUGGCGAGGAGCCAAAUCUUCCAGGAGAGCAGGCUGUCCACGACCAAAGCGCGACCUUGGAUAGCAUGCAGAUUGACCCGGAUGAUGCGCGUUUAGUAUCCGCGCUACCGGAGGCACCCCAGGCGCCAAAUCCCACAGCUCUGCAUCGGCGCUCAGGCUCUGCAGGUCCGGACGCAAUCGCUUCAAGAGCUUCAGACCUUAACAAAGCGCACCGACAAGUUGAUGGAUUGAUAGCUGUAUCAGAACAGCAACGCUCCUGCGUUGACAAUCCAUCCCUGCAACCGUCAGCGGAAGCAAUUCCCCAGCUGCAAGCCCAACCUGCUGCCCAGACCCUGCAGCCAAUAGCAGAAACAUUAGCACGAGCACCAGCUGCCCCCACUACCGUUGCCGGUGGUAUUCAAGGUGCUUCCGAUGACUACAUCAGCGACGAUGAUGACGUUCCUUUGGUGCCUCGCAGCAAGCGGCAACGGCUAGUCCAGCAAGACGCAUCAGCACGAAGCGAAGAGCACCAGCAACCAGCUGCGGACCUGCAGGGCACCGCCCAACCCGCUGCCGCCGUACUCGUCAAGAAGGAGGAGGAGCACGACGGUGUGGGUGCGGGUGCGGGCACAUGUCGGCAGUACAUCCUACGGGGUCGCCCCCUGGCCAGCCCCACACAACAGGCAGGCGGCAGCAGCACCGCCGCCGCUGCUGCUGCUGCUGCUGACGUGUUAAGACCCACCACUCGCCAGGUCGCCGCUCAGUUGCUGGACACGGGUUCGGAUUCCGAGGAUGCGGUUGUUGUUGUGAAGGAUGAGCCCAGCAGUCCGCAGCGAACGGGAGCCAGGAGGAGAAAGGGCGCAGCAGCAGCGGCAGGAGGAGCAGCAGCAGCAGGAGGAGGAAAGGUUGGCAGGCCCAAGGAGGAGGAGGAGGAGGAGGAGGGCGCCCCCAGGAGGCUCACCCGCAGCAGCAAGAGGGCUGCACCGGCGGCGGGGGUGGGGGCGUCUGCGGCGGCGACUCGGGAGGAGCCACCGCGGCGGCUUACCCGCCGGGCAGCUGCAGCGGCAGCGGCGCGGGUGAAGGAGGAGCCGGAGGGCAGCGAGGAGCAGGAGGAGGAGGAGGAGGAGGAGCAGCCACAGCCUCGUCGUGUCACGCGGGGUGCCGCUGCUGCGGCGGCGGCGGCGGCUGCACGCAAGACGAGCCAACCGAAGCAAAAAGCGCAGAAACAGCAGCAACAGCCACGGGGGCGGCGGCGACGGCUUUCCUCCAGCGAGUCGGACCCGGACUAUCACGACGGCAGCAGCAGCAGCAGCGAGCAGGAGGUGGAGGACGAUGAAGACGAGGAGGUGGAGGAAGAGGAGGCAACGGGGCAGGAGGGUAAAGGCAAGGCAAGAGCAGGCAGCAAGGCUGCGGCCGGCGUCAAGGGAGGAGGAGCUGCAGCUGCACGGCAGCGACCCCCGCAGCAGACCCGACGGCGGAGGCGGCAGCAAUCGGUGGACAGCGAGGAUGAAGGUACGGCAGAGGCGGAGAAGGAGACGACGACCCCGGAGGCGGAGGACGACGACGAGGAGGAGGAGGUGCUGACGGCUAGGAAGGGUAGGAGGAACGCCGCCGCUAACGAGCCUGAGGACGGUAACGGCGGCGGCGGCGGUGCGGGUCGGCGCCUGCGUCGUCUGGGUGCCGGCGGCAAGCGGGUUGCUGACGUGGACAGCAGCAGGGCGGCAGCAGCGGCAGCAGCAGCAGGUGCCAAGUUGGAGGACGGCAGUGCGUCAGAGCUGCUGGAGGAUGAGGGAGUGGAGCUGAGGGGGGCGGCAGGGGGGGCAGCGGAGGAGGAGCAGCCUGGAGGUGGAGGCAGGGGUGUAGGCGUUACGUCGGCGGGGCGUCGCAACAUGCGCAGUCGGCCGCAGCGGAAGGCGCUGACGACGCGGAGCAUGCGCGACCGCAUUCGCCGGAAGCUGUCGGGAGUGGCGCCGGAGGAUGAAGACGAAGACGAAGAGGAGGAGGAGGAGGACGACGACGCCGGGCUCGAUGACCAGGAGGAGGAAGAUCCGGCCGGUUUGACCGGCGCUUACGGCGCCGCCACCACCGCCGCCGCCGGCCGGUCAUCGUACGGCGGGGGUGACUGCCGCCGUCAGCGGCUGCCCAUGCAUCCCGGGCUGCAGGGGGAGGGGGGUGACGACUACGAGGCUGGUAUUGCCAUGAUGAUGGAUGCCAGUGAUGAGGAGGGGGAGGGGGAUGGAGGAGGAGGAGGAGGAGGGGGUGCGGCGGCUAAGCGGGCGAAGGCGGGGGCUGGCGGCAAGAAAGGCGGUCAAGCGGGGAGAGGAGGAGGCGAGGAGGAGGAGGAAGAUGACGAUGACAGCUUCAUUGAUGAUGGGGAGGUGGAGUGUGAGCCUUCGGACGGUGAGGAAGAGGAAGAGGAGGCCGAGGAGAAGAAGAAGCAGAAGAGGGGUAAGAAGCGGCGGCGGCGUGGCGGCGCGUCCAAGGGAAGUGACGAGGAGGGGGAGGAGGGGCGCAGCACCUACUUGUCGUCUCCUGCCUUCAAGUGUGUGGGACUGAGCAGUCACCCCUUCGAGAACUUCAAGAAGUGGGCGAUCUUGCUCAUGUGCGACAUCCUGCGGGUGCAGAUCGGCGACGACAGCGAGGAGGAGGCGAGGCGGGAGCAGUUCCUGAACCAGGCGGCUCGCAGGCGCUUCGAGCAGGACAUCAAGGACAGCUUGGGUCGCACCCGCUCCUUCCACUGGGUCACGGCUGACAAGAAAUACGGACUCAGCAAGCUGCUGGAGCGCUACCCCGCGCUCUACAUCCGCGGCAUGACCUCCCUCGACUUCUACGGCGACCCCGGCAAGCGCGCCGUGAUUGCGGAGAUCAGGGCGGAGGAGGACUACGCGGCGGAGGGGUACCACAUGGGUGACGAGAUGGGCGAUUCCCACUGCACCGUCUGCAACGCCCAUCGCACGCACCGACUGCACGAGAUCACCCUGGGCGGCGACCCGGUGGACGCGGAGGGGCGCGACGUGGAGGAGGAGGAAGAUGACGACGAAGAGGACGAGGAUGUGGAGGUGCUUGGAGCAGGAAGAGGACGAAGGGGAGCCGAGAAGCCGCCGAUCAUCACGGCUGGCGGCAUGUGUUGCGACCGGGUGGUGCUGUAUCAUGCGCUGGCUCACCUGAAGCGGCGCAUGGUGGCGGCCCUGACGGCCAAGCUGAAGGAGGUGCUGCACCGCAUGCACGCGUACCUGGGGAGGCCCGAGGGCGCCCUGCUGCCCGGGGAGACGCGCGCCGCCGCCCUCACCCGACUGCUGGCUGACGAGCGGGCGCUGCAGCGCAUGCACAAGGAGUACGAGGAGGUGAUGGACGCAGCCAAGAUGCUGCACAGCACGGAGAACCGACAUAACGAGAGGUUCAGGCCGGGGCGCAAGGUUUCGGAGGCUAUCUUUGGUUUGCACCCCUCGGUGGACGGCUAUGAGUCGCCCAUUCCCGGUGUGCCGACCGAGGAGGAGGAGGAGGAAGACGAGGAGGGAGAAGAGGGCGGCGAGGAGGAGGGCGAGGGCGAGGAGGGGCAGGAAGAGGAAGGGGACGAUGAGGAGGGCGGCGGCAGUGGGAAAGAGGGCGACGACGGCGGCGAAAGCCCUCGUGAUGAGAACAGCGGUGGGGGUGGGGAUGACGAUGACGACGACGAUGGUAAGGGCGGCCGCGGCGGUGGCGGUGGCGGUGGCGGUGGCGGCAGGCGGCGGCGAGUUAAGGUUGUGCUUGACUUCGAUGAUGAUGAUGAUGAUGAUGAUGCACCGGACGCGGAAGCCGGGACACGGCAGGCAGGUGGGCAGCAGGGCGGCAGAGGCGGCGGCGCUGCUGCAGCCGCACCUAGCGGGGGCGCCACCACCCGCUGCACCCCGGCGGAGGCACUCGGCGGCGCUGCUGCUGCUGCUGCGGCGGCGGCGGCACCUCCGCUGUCGCCUGCUGCCGUACAUCUGCGUGAGGAGACGCGCCGUCGGAGGUCCGAGGCGUUAGCGACGGCUGCCAGAGCCGCCGCUGACGCCGCCACAGAGGCCGCAGCGCGGGCGGACGCCCAGGCAGCCGCUGCUGAGGCCCAGGCGGCGGCUGUGGCGGCAGCGGAGGCCGCCGCGGCGGCGGCGGAGGCGGCGAAGCAGGCGGCUAGGGCGGCGGCGGCGGCGGAGGCCGCGGCGGCGGCGGUGGCGGUGCGGUCUCCCUCAGGUCGUCAGGUCAAGAUCGACGAAAUGUUUUCACCCCGUUCCCAGCAGCAGCAGCUGCAACCACAACAGCCGGCAUCGGAGGGUACUCGACAGCGGCCGCAACAGGAGGCCGUACGGACGGCGGCGGCGGCGUCGGGGAAUAUGGAGGCGGUGGUUGACCUCGUGAGCAGCAGCAGCGGAGACGAGGCGGAGGUUGACCAGCCGCAACAACAGCCGCAACAGCAGCAGCAGCAGGCGGAGGGGGCUGUUAAACGCAGUGGGAGUGUGGGCCGCGACGGCAACGGUGACACUGGCAGCGCGGAAGGUACGGUCGGCACCGGCUGCACCUCACCCUCAGCCUCACCCUCACCUCCGCCGGUGUCACCGCCGCCGCCACCACCACCGCCGCCUCCUGUGCCCCUCUUGCCGCAUGCGAACCAGCAUGUCCCUGCUGAGACCGCCGCCGCUGACUUCGCCGCUGCUGCGGCUGGCCCAGCCCGCGUAGCUACGGGCAUGCAGGCGCUGCCCUCGCAGGGCGGUCUGCCGACUCAGGUCUACAUGACGACGACCACGACAACGGCGCCUGCAUGCGGCAGCGGAGCGGGCGGCAGCCUGGGGCAGCAGCUCAAUUCGGGCUCGGCGGCGGUGCCGGCGGCGCAACAGCAGCAGCACCCACCCAUGCAGCAGCAGCAGCAGCAGCACCCGCCCAUGCAGCAGCCGCAGCACCCACCCAUGCAGCAGCAGCAGCAGCAGCACCCACCCGUGCAGCAGCAGCAGCACCCGCCCAUGCAGCAGCCGCAGCACCCACCCAUGCAGCAGCAGCAGCAGCAGCACCCACCCAUGCAGCAGCAGCAGCGGCAGUGGGGGCCAGCGCUGCCACAACACGCACAGCUGCAGCAGCAGCCCCAGUGUUUGCUUCAGCAGCAGUGGCAGCAGCACCACUGGCAGCAGCAGCCGCAGCACCAGUGGCAGCAGCCGUCAUUUCAAGGGCAGCAGCAGCCUCAGCACCAGUGGCAGCAGCAGCCGCUUCAAGGGCAGCAGCAGCCUCAGCACCAGUGGCAGCAGCCGCCGCCGCUUCAAGGGCAGCAGCAGCCUCAGCACCAGUGGCAGCAGCAGCCGCUUCAAGGGCAGCAGCAGCCUCAGCACCAGUGGCAGCAGCAGCCUCAGCACCAGUGGCAGCAGCAGCCUAAGCACCAGUGGCAGCAGCUGCCGCCACCGCAAUACCACCACCAUCAGCAGCAGCAGCCGCAGCAGCCUCACCACCCCCAGCUGCAGCAGGACCCCCGGCAGCAGCCCUGGGAGCGCCCCGGCGGGGAGUGCUGCCACUGCAAGCAGGGGGGGCACUGGGCCGAGUACUGCCCCAGCCGACAGCGGACGUGAUGAAGGGGCGCAGGUGCAGGUGCAGGUGCCGGGGGGGGGCAGCAGCGGAGUUGGCAGCCGUGGGAACGAGGUGGGCAGCGGGUGGUGAUGUUGAAAUGGGAUGUGGGAUGUGGGCAGCGUAACUCGGAAGGACGGGUGGGAAGCGACAGCAGCAGCAGAUGAAGAGGGGGGCAGCAGACGCGUUGAGGAGGGCAGUGAGCUCUCAUGCGGCGCUGGGUCGCUGCUGGGGUGUGUGGAGUCCGGGGGCGGUCUUGCCAUCAUGUGUCAGGAAUGUCUGUCAGGCGUCCCUGGCGCGUGUGUGCAGGGCACCGAAUGUGCAGGAGACGUUGGUUGUGCCUUGUGCGCCGAGAUGAUGGGCGUAGAGAGAUGCACAGGUGCAGAGCAGUGCAGUGCAGUGCAGUGCAGGGCUCUCCCCGCUUGCAGGCAGGGGACACGUGCCGCGCAGCAUGGCAGGCUAGCUGAAGCCACAGCUACAUGUUCAGGCUAAAUUCUUCGAAGGAGGAACUACAUGCCAAAUUUGCAGCAGAGGCAGUAGAAUAAGGCACCUUGCGCGUGUUAUGGAAAAUAUUUUUGCAACGUUUGCGCAGAACUGUUGCACCUUUGUAUAAGAUUGCGGAUGCAAGGGUGGUCUUCCUUUCCACGGCUUUUGGCAAGGUUGCUUAUCCUCGCCGGAUUGCUCAUGCUUUUAGCACUGUCCGUGGGCUUUUGACUUCUUUAGCUGCUGGGGGACCAUAGCAGGGCAAAACAACCGGACGGCUGGCUCCAGCAUAUCCUCCCGUGCGGGUGUGUCGGUAGCUGACUUGACACCGGAAGUGCAUCAUGCAAGGCAUGCAGCCAUGCUGGGAGAGGACACUACUUCCAUGCAUGUUGUAAUCCGGCCCUCAUG